AAGCAAACUUUUCAAAGGGUUUAGUUUUUAAUCUCUCUAUCUCUCUUUUUCUCUGGGUCUCUUCUCUCUUAUUUCGAGCUCUUUGAAAAAAAAAAAACGGAUCCAGAAAAAACCACUUUCAUGGAAGCUUGAAUAUCACCAUCAGGUGUUGUGAAACUAUCUUGUAUGAUAUAUGUAUGGUAACUUGACUAUUUAGAGAAGUAUGACGACUCAGAGCGCUAUGAGAAUGGUUGAGGGUGAUCAUGUGAAAAAUUGGCAGGCUUCUAGGGAUAGUGGGAUCUUUGGUUCACUUGAUAUGGCGGUUGAAGAUUUAGGAUUCCUUAUGAAAAGAAAUAGGUUGGAUAGUGGUGGUGAUAAUAAUAAUACCGGGAAAUUCCCUAGUAGGAGCGGAAGUGCGCCGCCUAGCAUGGAAGGUUCCUUUGCAGCUCUUAGGCAUCUCUUGAAACAACAGGAAGGUAGUAGCUCUGAAGUUUUAAGUAGGGCUAUUGAGAAUUAUGACUCUGAAGAAGAGAUACGUAGCGACCCUGCAUAUGUAGCUUACUAUUUGUCCAACAUCAACUUGAAUCCAAGACUCCCUCCUCCUUUGAUCUCACGGGAGAAUCAGCACUUGUUGCGUCAUUUGGGUGGGGUUGGUGAUAAUAGUCAGAGUCCAACAACCUCCUGGGAUAAUAUGGGGUUAAGAUCCUCCUUGCAUUCUUCUAGAACUGCUCUUUCAACCCAUAGAGAGGAGCCUGAGGAUGAGGCAUCAUCGGCUGAACAACAAGCUUAUGCUUCUCUGGCUGGUCAUCGUAAGAGCUUAGCUGAUAUGAUUCAGCGGCCUCAUUCGGCAGGUAAUCGUCCAAUUGCACAAGACAUCCACGCCAUUUCCUCUGAUACAUCUUCAGAAACCACAAGAAGAUUAAUGGAGUCUGAUAUAAGUUCUGUUAAUCUGCUGAGGGAGACAGAUUCUCUCUCCAUGGAUGCUAUUACUAGUGAAGAUCCCUUUUCUGCUGAUUUGGGCUCACAGAGUUCUUCUGCUAAUGCACAGAAAGAGAGAUUAAAUGCAUCUGUUUUUGGUGCUUCUCCUCCAUCCUCCGCUGCUUCUAGAAUGAUGAUGAGGAAUCAAGACAAUCAACAACCUCAGGGAAGGGGGAUGCCUUUGCAAUACAUACAAUCCUCGUACCAGGUUCAACCUAGUUCGCCACAACAAAUGACCUAUCCAAGGAUGGGCGGUACACAGGACAUGAUGCAGAGCUUACCGAAGAUUGCAACUGGCGAGUCCUCGGGUAUGUACGUCCCGCAAUAUAUCUAUAGCGGUUACCCUCCUGGCUNUAACAACGCUCGGCUUCUACCUGGAGUAUCAUCGACUGGACAAAACGUUCCCUCUCUCGUGGACCCUUAUCAAUUGCAAUAUUUUCAACAGGCUCCAGUGGAUGCGUAUGCUCCUUCAUUUCAGAGCAGCAAUGAUUCUUUUGGGCAGAAAGACCUACAAGCUGCUGGUUAUAUGGCAAAUCAUGAACCUCUCAACAGUCCUUUGAGUCCGAGUUAUGGGUUGCAAAGUCCGCGGCACAUGGGAAACUAUUUUGCAGUGCCGCCUGGUGUAAGAGUCAUGCCGCAGUAUCCAGGAUCACCUCUUGCUAGUCCAGUGAUGCCGUCCUCGCCAGUUGGUGGAAUGAUGAGCCACUUUGGAAGACGAAGUGAAACAAGGUAUCAUCAACAAGGGCCAAGUAGAAACACUGGGAUCUACCCUGGUGGAUGGCAAGGGAACAGAGGAGGAGGAGCCAACAGCAUCGUUGAUGAUCACAAAAGACAUUCUUUUCUUGAUGAACUCAAGUCUCCAAAUGCUCGAAAACUCGAGCUGUCUGAUAUUGCAGGGCGUGUUGUUGAAUUCAGCGUCGAUCAGCAUGGCAGCCGUUUUAUUCAACAGAAGCUGGAGCACUGCUCCGAUGAGGAAAAGGCAUCUGUUUAUAGUGAGCUUCUGCCACAAGCUUCAAAAUUGAUGACUGAUGUUUUUGGAAAUUAUGUUAUCCAAAAAUUCAUAGAACAUGGAACUCCGGCACAGAGAGAAGAACUUGUGAAGCAACUUGCUGGUCAGAUGGUUUCUCUAAGCUUGCAAAUGUAUGGAUGUCGUGUGAUACAAAAGGCCCUUGAAGUGAUAGAUGUUGACCAAAAGACAGAAUUAAUUCGUGAGCUCGAUGGGAAUGUGAUGAAGUGUGUUAGAGAUCAAAACGGUAAUCAUGUUAUCCAAAAGUGUAUUGAGAGUAUGCCUGCGGGUAGGAUUGGAUUCGUAAUUGCUGCUUUCCGUGGUCAAGUCGCUACUCUUUCUACUCAUCCUUAUGGAUGCCGAGUUAUCCAGAGAAUCUUGGAGCAUUGCUCAGAUGAUCAGGAGACUCAUUGUAUAAUCGAUGAAAUACUGGAAUCUACGUUUGCUCUUGCUCAUGAUCAGUAUGGGAAUUAUGUCACUCAGCAUGUCCUGGAGAGAGGUAAGCCCGAUGAAAGGAGACAAAUCAUUGAGAAGUUGACAGGGAAUGUUGUUCAGAUGAGUCAGCACAAAUACGCAUCUAACGUUGUGGAGAAGUGUCUGGAACACGCUGAUAGUAACGAGAGAGAGUUACUGAUUGAAGAGAUAAUGGGCAAAUCGGAGGAAGACAAUCACUUGCUGGCGAUGAUGAAGGAUCAGUUUGCAAAUUACGUGGUCCAGAAAGUCUUAGAGAUCAGUAAAGAUCAGCAAAGGGAGAUUUUGGUGCAGAGAAUGAAAAUUCAUCUCCAGAGUUUGCGGAAAUACACAUACGGGAAACACAUAGUAGCCCGUUUCGAACAACUGUUUGGUGAAGAGAAUGAAGUCUCAGAAGAAGGAACAGAAGGUUAGACAGGAGAUUUUCUUUUGGGUUGCCGGUUUGGACAAUGUUCAACUUUAGACGGAUAUGCUUGUAUCUAUGAAUGAAAGUGUGAUGGUAUAACAAUUAUGUAUA